AUGGAUAAAAACGAUUCGUCCUGUAUGAUCUGUGGCAUGAACGGUCAGGGAAAUCACUUUGGCGUGGUCAGUUGUCGCGCGUGUGCCGCGUUCUUCAGGUGAGUCUCUACAAAAAUGGGGGGUUGAAGCGUUUGAAUCAGAUGGCUUUAGGAGAACGGCAGACUCGAAAUGGAGCCGUAUGAAGUGUCUCAGUCGGCAUUGCGAUGGAAAAACGUACCACUGCAAACCAUGUCGACUCAAACGAUGCAGAGAUGUCGGCAUGGAUCCUUCCAGUGAGUCUUUAUGAUUUCUGGCAUCUUUUCGAGCACCAGUUCGCCAAUAUUGUACACUUUUUCAGAAUUCCAACACAAUCGCGACGCCCUUAUGACCAGCAGGAAGCGAAAAUUACCGCAAACUUUGGAACAUUUCGUCGGCACACCACAUUUUGUGCUCUUCUGCUCCAGCGCUUCCGAUCUGGAGAGCGGACAACAGAAAACGUUUGUGGACUUGAGCAUUUUGGUCUCAAAAGCGAUCGAGAUCAUGAGAAUGGGUCCGCCCACUCCAAUUUACGCAAAAAAUCCGCUGGAGAAGUUGGGAAACGGAAUGAACAGUCUGAAAAUGCGGCCGGAGCACAAGAAGCUCGACAGAAUCACUCGAAUCGAGAUUGCGGGAAUCUGGGAAUUUCAUCUACUCACAGUUGCAAAAUGGAUUGUCAACUUUGAUAAAUUCCAAGUGUUAGAGCCAGAUUUGAAGGUACACUUUACACAUCUUACUAAUUUUUAAACUGAUUUUGUUCAGCUGAAAAUCCUGUUCGCAAUGUGGCAUGUCUGGGGUCGGUUGGACAAACUAAUGGCGACCGCACAAUAUCGAGAAAGAGAUGAGAACGCGAAGGAGACGGAGCGAGUGUUCGGAAACGGAUUGGUAAAGGAUAUGGUGACGUUCGACGGAGAUGCCACGUGGAUGACGAAUUGCCCGUUAGACACGAUUGGAUAGUGAGUUGUAAACGUGGUGCAUCCAUCGACCAACACCUCUUUUUCGCAGUUUUCUCGACGGCAUCUGUGUCUGGGACCUGUACUCUGUCAUCGAGCAGCUAAUCGAGCUGAAACUCUCCGAAACUGAGCUCACCUUCAUGCUGGCCCAAUUGAGUUUCGAGUACGUGGGCGCCAGAUUCGGAGGAGCGAUUCGAGAAAUGAUGGACGCAUUUCAAGCGGAACUCUCCGAUAAUCUACACGAUUAUUAUCUGAACGAACGGAAUAUGGUCAGAUAUUCGGGACGAUUGAUGCAAAUGUUGAGGAUCAAUAAGGAGAUUCAGGUUGACUUGAUUUUCUGUUCAAAACGUAUAACUAGUGUGGCAAUGUUACAGGAAAACAUUCGAAAAUAUCGGCCGCGAGCAGAAGUUGCAAAGAUUUUCGACGUCUUCAAGCUGGACUUUUCACAUCCGGACAUGUUCAAAGAUACUGGAUUUGUGUAG